GGAGAGCCAGCAGAAAUCCACAAAUGUAGUCUAUCAGGCCCACCAUGUAAGCAGAAAUAAGAGAGGGCAGGUGGUUGGAACAAAGGGUGGAUUCCGAGGAUGUACCGUGUGGCUAACAGGACUCUCCGGUGCUGGGAAAACAACCAUCAGUUUUGCCCUGGAAGAGUACCUCGUCUCCCAUGGCAUCCCCUGUUACUCCCUGGAUGGCGACAAUAUCCGUCACGGGCUUAACAAAAACCUUGGGUUCUCUUCUGGAGACAGAGAAGAAAAUAUCCGACGGAUUGCCGAGGUGGCAAAGCUGUUUGCCGAUGCCGGUCUGGUCUGCAUUACCAGCUUCAUCUCUCCUUUCGCAAAGGAUCGUGAGAAUGCCCGCAAAAUCCAUGAAUCAGCAGGACUGCCAUUCUUCGAAAUAUUUGUAGAUGCACCUCUAAAUAUUUGUGAAAGCAGAGAUGUAAAAGGCCUGUACAAACGGGCCCGAGCUGGAGAGAUUAAAGGAUUUACAGGCAUUGAUUCUGAUUAUGAGAAACCUGAAACCCCUGAGUGUGUGCUUAAAACCAACUUGUCCUCAGUGAGUGACUGUGUCCAGCAAGUGGUGGAACUUCUGCAAGAGCAGAACAUUGUACCCCAUUCCAUCAUCAAAGGCAUCCACGAACUCUUUGUGCCUGAAAACAAACUUGACCAAAUUCGAGCUGAGGCUGACACUCUCCCUUCACUGUCAAUUACCAAGUUGGAUCUCCAGUGGGUCCAAGUUUUGAGUGAAGGCUGGGCCACGCCCCUCAAGGGUUUCAUGCGGGAGAAGGAGUACUUGCAGGUUAUGCACUUUGGCACCCUGUUAGAUGAUGGAGUGAUCAACAUGAGCAUUCCCAUCGUACUGCCCGUCUCUGCAGAUGAUAAGACACGGCUGGAAGGGUGCAGCAAGUUUGUCCUGAUGUAUGGUGGACGGAAGGUGGCUAUCUUACGAGACCCUGAGUUCUACGAACACAGGAAAGAGGAACGCUGUUCCCGUAUGUGGGGGACAAUGUGUGAAAAACACCCCCAUAUAAAAAUGGUGAUGGAAAGUGGGGAUUGGCUGGUUGGUGGGGACCUUCAGGUACUGGAGAGAAUACGGUGGAAUGAUGGGCUGGACCAAUACCGCCUGACGCCUCUGGAGCUCAAACAGAAAUGUAAAGAGAUGAAUGCUGAUGCUGUGUUUGCAUUCCAGUUGCGCAAUCCUGUCCACAACGGGCAUGCUCUGUUGAUGCAGGACACUCGCCGUCGGCUCCUGGAGAGAGGCUACAAGCACCCGGUGCUCCUGUUGCAUCCUCUGGGUGGCUGGACCAAGGAUGAUGAUGUGCCACUGGACUGGCGGAUGAAGCAGCACUCAGCUGUGCUCGAGGAGGAGGUCCUGGAUCCCAAGUCAACCAUUGUUGCCAUCUUUCCAUCUCCCAUGCUGUAUGCUGGUCCCACAGAGGUCCAGUGGCACUGCAGGUCCAGGAUGAUUGCAGGGGCCAACUUCUACAUUGUGGGCAGGGACCCAGCAGGAAUGCCCCACCCAGAGACCAAGAGAGACCUGUAUGAACCCACUCAUGGGGGCAAGGUGUUAAGCAUGGCCCCUGGCCUCACCUCUGUGGAAAUCAUUCCAUUCCGAGUGGCUGCCUACAACAAAGCCAAAAAAGCCAUGGACUUCUAUGAUCCAGCAAGGCACAACGAGUUUGACUUCAUCUCAGGAACUCGUAUGAGAAAGCUCGCCAGGGAAGGAGAAAAUCCCCCAGAUGGCUUCAUGGCCCCCAAAGCGUGGAAAGUCCUGACAGAUUACUACAGGUCCCUGGAGAAGAACAACUGA